CUCUCAUUUCUCAUUCUAUUUCUACUCCCCUUGUUUUCUCUUCUCGCCUUCUUUAAAAAAAAUAAAUAAUCAUGAUGAUGAUGGUAAAUCAAAGACAUCCAUUCACAGAAUCCCAGCUUAAAGAGUUCGAGCUCCAAACCCUCAUCUUCAACUACAUAAUCUCAGGGAUCCCGGUCCCUUCUCAUCUCAUUACCCAUUUCAAGAGAAGCAUCUACUUCUUUGACCACUACCCAUCAAUGAGAUUUGUGAAGAAAACAGAGGAAGAUCCAGAGCCAUGGAGAUGCAAGAGGACAGAUGGGAAGAAGUGGAGGUGCUCUAAAGAGGCAUUUCUAGACUCAAAAUACUGUGAGAGACAUAUGCACAGGGGGAAAAAGAGUUCAAGAAAGCUUGUGGAAUUUCCUAAAUUAGCAUUAAACAAUACAUUUAGAAGCAUAGACAAUGAUACCCAAUUGAUUUUAGGACCUUCUUCACCUUGUAAUCAAAGUUAUAAGUGCUACAAUUUCUUUAAAGAAGAAUCAGAGGAAGAAAAGAGGAAGAAAGAAGCUCAGAAGGCUAAACCUUUAUUGUGCUUGUUUAGUGAGAGUGAUGAGAAGAGAAAGAGGUCAUGGGUCGAUACCGAGGAGGCUUAUUACUCCAAAACUCAGCUCUCAAUUUCAAUCCUUUAAUAUGGCUGACUAGUGCUGGGGAUGUUAUUGGUCUCUUGAGUUGUGAAGGGUAGAAGAAAUCAGUGUCUCAUGGUGAUCUCUAUGAAAUCUACCUAUUCGUAUUUACCUAUGUAUUUGAUUGUUCCUAUAGUUGUAUUUCUGUUAAUUAAGAUGGUUGUGGAA